AUGACGGGAGUCCCCCGUGACAAAGCGGAACACAAGCUCGCCACACUACCAGGCGUUAAGCCAGUCGCUCAGGGUAAGCGCAGCAUGGCCCCGGACCGCCGGGCGGCGGUCGUUAAAGAAGUACGCAAGUUAGUGGAAGCUGGAAUUCUCAGGGAAACACAAUACCAUACUUGGGUGUCUAACCCGGUCAUGGUGAAAAAACCGGAUGGCACAUGGCGAAUGUGCAUCGAUUUCAAAGACCUGAACAAGGCGUGCCCAAAAGACGCGUACCCGUUGCCCGAGAUUGAUUUAAAGGUCGAUUCCCUGGUACCCUAUCGAUUCAAGUGUUUCCUAGACGCGUAUAAAGGGUACCACCAAAUUAAGAUGUCCAAGGAAGAUGAAGAGAAAACAGCGUUUCAUACCGACGUUGGCAUCUUCUGUUACACCAAGAUGCCCUUCGGACUACGAAACGCAGGAGCUACCUAUCAGAGGCUCAUGGACAAGGUGUUCGAAACACAGAUCGGGCGAAAUUUGGAAGUCUAUGUAGACGACCUCGUAAUUAAAAGCAGCGAAGAAAAACAGAUGUUGGCAGAUAUAGAGGAAACUUUCCAGCGGCUCAGAGAAUACAACAUAAAAUUAAAUCCAAAGAAAUGUUCGUUUGGGGUGGAAGAGGGGAAGUUCCUGGGGGUAGUCGUCACCCGAGACGGUUUUAAAGCUAACCCAGAAAAAGUAGCCGCCAUAUCGCGAAUGCCUUCUCCCCGAACGCUGAAAGAAGCUCAAGCCCUAAAUGGACGACUGGUAGCAAUCAACAGGUUCUUAGCGAGGCAUGCUGAAAAGUCUUUGCCAUUCAUAAAAACAUUAAAAGAUUGCCUCAACAAGAAGAAUUUCAAAUGGACCAGCGGAGCGGAACAGGCUCUGCAGGAAAUGAAGCGUUUUAUAGAAAGGUUGCCUACGCUGACCGCGCCCAGACCCAGUGAAGUACUAAAAAUGUAUUUAGCUGCAGCUCAUACAGCGGUGAGCGCCGUGCUCAUGGUCGAACGAGAGGGGAAACAAACACCUAUAUACUACAUAAGCCGGGUGCUAGCGGGGCCUGAAACGCGCUAUCCUACACUGGAAAAGCUAGUUUUAGCAUUAGUCCACGCCACGAGGCGAUUAAGAAGAUACUUUCAAGCACACCGUGUACAAAUCUUAACCAACUACCCGCUACAGCAGGUUCUGCACAAGCCAGAGGUUUCGGGCAGGUUGGCUAAAUGGGCCAUUGAGCUGGGGGCUCUAGAUAUUGAGUAUCAGAAGCGAACGGCGGUUAAAGGGCAAGUGAUUGCCGAUUUCUUAGCUGAAAUACCGGAAGGAGAAGUCGUUACGGACCCAGUCAUUCAAGAUAUACCAGAGUCCAGCACUGCAAGGCAGACUUGGAAGCUAUACACUGAUGGAUCAUCUAGUGGAAAGGGGUCCGGUGCAGGCCUAAUGCUGAUAAGUCCAGAUCAAAUCAGGCUAAUGUACGCCUUACGUUUUGACUUUGAAUGUUCAAAUAAUGAAGCGGAAUACGAGGCAUUAUUGGCAGGGUUACGGAUGGCAAAAUCCAUGGGGGCAGCCAGAGUAGACGCAUAUGUCGACUCGUUGCUGGUUAACAAUCAGGUAAACGAAACGUAUGAAGCUAAAGACGAGUCAAUGGCGAAAUACCUGGCGAAAACUAAAGAACUCAUGGAUUCCUUCGACAAGGUCACGCUCAACCAUGUACACAGAGGGAAGAAUCAAAUAGCAGACGCCCUAAGCAAACUCGCCACCUCAGGCAUGGAAAAGGAAGUCAAAGUCGAAACGUUACAGACACCCUCAAUCGAACCACGGAGUGUUUCCGCGGUCACAAUAGAAGAACCUUGCUGGUAUACUCCGAUCCUACGCUUUCUCGUAACAGGUGAACUACCUCCCGCCAAGGGCGAGGCACAAAAGGUACAAACGAAAGCGCUACAAUAUGAAGUCAAUGAUGGUGUCCUAUACCGAAAAUCUUACUUGGGUCCGUUGCUCCGAUACGUUUCCCCAGCAGAGGCAAAGUACCUCAUUAGCGAGAUUCACGCGGGUAUAUGCGGCAUACACGCCGGACCUAGAGCAGUUGUAGCCAAAAUCCAUAGUGCGGGAUAUUACUGGCCCGGAUGCACGAAGACGCUCCUGGUACCGGUGACAGCAGCGUGGCCUUUCCAGAAAUGGGCUGUGGAUAUCGUAGGACCUUUCCCGCCGGCCCCCGGAAAGCUGAAGUACCUAAUUGUGGCGGUUGAUUACUUCACCAAAUGGGUGGAAGCAAAACCUUUGGCUAAGAUAACGGCGGAAAAUGCCAAAAAAUUCCUCUGGGAGCACAUCGUGUGCAGGUUCGGGUUACCGCUCUACCUGGUAAGUGACAAUGGGACACAGUUCACGGAUAGAAUUUUCCAGGAAUGGUGCACUGAUCUCCACAUCCAGCAGAUUUUCACGUCGGUAGCACACCCACAGGGUAACGGACAGGUGGAGCGGACGAACAGGAGUCUGCUAGAGGGCAUCAAAAAGCGACUGGGGCACGAGGGAAGCUCGUGGUUGGAAGAAUUGCCACAUGUCCUUUGGGCACAUAGAACAAUGCCCAAAACUAGCAACAACGAAACCCCAUUCAGCCUCACCUACGGAAUGGAGGCAAUGAUACCCGCUGAGGCAGGGUUACCAUCAUUACGCCGUCUCAGCAUAGGCAAUAACAACGACCAAUCGCUGAGAGAGGGCUUAGAUUUGUUGGAAGAAAGGCGUGAGGCGGCCGCCAUCAGCGAGGCACGAUACAAGAAGGCGUUGGAAAAAUAUUAUAACAAACGGGUGGCUAAGCUAAGUUUCCAAGCGGGUGAUUACGUCAUGCGUGACAACGAAGCAAGUCGAAUGGAACCUUCAGGAAAACUGGGUCCAAACUGGGAAGGCCCUUAUGUCGUUCAAGAAGAUCUGGGUAAAGGGGCCUACCGCCUAUCCCGACUAGAUGGCACGCCAGUACCGCGCAGUUGGAACAUCGCCCAGUUGAGGAAAUGCUACCUGUAA